CCGCGAAGAACUUGACCGAUACCGUUUCUUCCAUCCAGGUCAAAUGUGCCGCGAAGGUAUAUAAAGGAGGAUAUCCUUGGCCGCGGUCUUCAUAUUAUAAUGAGGCACACGUUUUUGUUUGUGUUUGUCGUUUUUGCGGUUGGCCGUGUCACUGGUCGUGCAUCUUUCCCAGUACAAGAUGAAAUCCAAAACAAAGACAACACGUAUGUUGUUGAGGAGGUAAUCGUAGAAGAAGCCGUGCCUAUUGUGAAGAACAUCGAAGAUCAAGAUGAAAACGACAAUCUGGAAAGUGAAAAAGGGCCAGAAAACAGAACAGCGAGAGUUCUGUACAAUGGAAAUCAAUUAUGGAAAACGUUCGUGGACGAUUUGGAAAAGGUAGCUGUCUUAACAAAGCUCAGAGACGAAGCAGGUAUGAAUUGA